AAACGUCAUCAAAGAGAGCCGAAGCUCUGGGGAAGCGGAUUUCUUGGAAACGAUUGUGAGAGGAUCGAAGCUGCCUCGGGAUGUCUCUGGCUGAUGAGCUCUUGGCUGACCUCGAGGAGGCAGCAGAAGAGGAGGAAGGAGGAAGCUAUGGAGAAGAAGAGGAGGAGCCAGCAAUUGAGGAUGUACAGGAGGAGACACAGCUGGAUCUUUCUGGAGAUUCAGUCAAGAGCAUUGCCAAGCUAUGGGAUAGCAAGAUGUUUGCUGAGAUCAUGAUGAAGAUUGAGGAGUAUAUCAGCAAGCAAGCCAAAGCGUCAGAAGUGAUGGGACCAGUGGAGGCAGCUCCUGAGUACCGAGUCAUUGUGGAUGCCAACAACCUGACUGUGGAGAUAGAAAAUGAGCUGAACAUUAUCCACAAGUUCAUCCGGGAUAAAUACUCCAAGAGAUUCCCUGAGCUAGAGUCCUUGGUGCCCAAUGCUCUGGAUUACAUCCGCACCGUCAAGGAGCUGGGCAACAGCCUGGAUAAGUGCAAGAACAAUGAGAACCUCCAGCAGAUCCUGACCAAUGCUACUAUCAUGGUUGUUAGUGUCACUGCCUCUACUACCCAGGGGCAGCAGCUGUCGGAUGAGGAGCUAGAGCGGCUAGAGGAGGCCUGUGACAUGGCACUGGAGCUGAAUGCCUCCAAACACCGCAUCUAUGAGUAUGUGGAGUCCCGGAUGUCCUUCAUUGCACCCAACUUGUCCAUCAUCAUUGGAGCAUCCACAGCUGCCAAGAUCAUGGGUGUGGCUGGAGGGCUCACCAACCUCUCUAAGAUGCCUGCCUGCAACAUCAUGCUUUUGGGAGCCCAGCGCAAGACCCUGUCUGGCUUCUCUUCUACCUCAGUGCUGCCUCAUACUGGUUAUAUCUACCACAGUGACAUUGUGCAGUCUCUGCCCCCAGAUCUCCGGCGGAAGGCGGCCCGCCUAGUGGCUGCCAAGUGUACACUGGCAGCUCGUGUGGACAGCUUCCAUGAGAGCACAGAAGGGAAGGUGGGCUACGAACUAAAGGAUGAGAUUGAGCGCAAAUUUGAUAAGUGGCAGGAGCCACCACCCGUGAAGCAGGUGAAGCCCCUGCCUGCACCCCUUGAUGGGCAGCGGAAGAAGAGAGGGGGCCGAAGGUACCGCAAGAUGAAGGAACGGCUAGGACUGACGGAGAUCCGGAAGCAGGCCAACCGCAUGAGCUUUGGAGAGAUUGAGGAGGAUGCCUAUCAGGAAGACCUGGGCUUUAGCCUGGGCCACUUGGGCAAGUCAGGCAGUGGGCGUGUGCGGCAGACCCAGGUGAACGAGGCCACCAAGGCCAGGAUCUCCAAGACACUGCAGCGGACCCUACAGAAACAGAGCGUGGUGUAUGGUGGGAAGUCAACAAUUCGUGACCGCUCCUCAGGGACUGCCUCCAGUGUGGCCUUCACUCCCCUCCAGGGUCUAGAGAUUGUGAACCCACAAGCAGCCGAGAAGAAGGUAGCAGAGGCCAACCAGAAGUAUUUCUCUAGCAUGGCCGAGUUCCUCAAGGUCAAGGGUGAGAAAAGUGGCACCAUGUCUACCUGAAGGGGCCCCGCACCCCAGGUGACCAUCCACUGAAAGGACAUAAAGGACUGGAGCUUUUGAAGUGACAGAUAUCCAGCCAGGAAGUUGUGGUGCGGUGGAGGCAGCCUUCCAUGCUUUGUCUUUGGCCCAAGGCCAUAGCAUCCAAGGAAAAGGAUGAAGAACCUUAGCCUGCCUCCCCCAGCACCCAUGCUGCUGCUCCCCUAAAUGGGCAGAAAGGUCUUCCUCACACUCAGCUUUUCUACUUACAGGGGAAAGGCAGUGCUUUUAUAGAAGGAGUACAAUUAAAUGUGUGGUAUCAGGCUCGGAA